AGUUUAGCGGCGGCGGAAGGAUCGCGGCGUACGCCCUGUAUUAAACUCAGUGACCGCUGCAGCCACACCUACUCUGGCUGAUACAAGCGGCGGAGGAGAGAAGAAAAAGCAGGAUACACCCGAAAUGCUGCCCUGCACAAACUUCAAUUUUACACGCAGAAAGUUUCACUUGGGCAGGAUUUUCUAGUCGUUUUUGUCUCGCUGUGGACUUUGCUGGAUAAAUAGGGCAUUUCUACUUUUUGUCUUUAUUUUGAGUGCACUCUCCUGUAAGGACAGUUGAAGAUUUCAAACAUGUUGGAAAGUUUCACUCAGUCGCAGGACUGGUUUUGUUCAGAGCCGCUGCUCUUUGAUGACGAGUUCUGCCAAAGCCUGAUGAAAGACCUCCAGGCAUUACCGACACCUCCGCAGUCGCCCCCCAUGAAGUCUGGGCUGGGUGGUGAUAAGCCUCUGUCCAAGGAGGACCAGCUCAGCUACGUGUCGGAUAUUCUACUGGAGGACCAUGACAUGCAGCUCAACUGGCAGUGUGACUUCUUCCACUCUGAUGCUGAGAAAGAAGGCGAGCUUAACCAGCCCUGCUCUGAGGAAGCUGAGGACUGCCUCUGGCAGUGCCUGGCAGCUGAGGAGAAGCUUGUCUCCUCACUACUCGGUUGCAGCCCCGUACUAUCUGACAUUGAUACCCGCAUCUUUGAGGAGAUCGCCGGCUCCACACUUGACUGCCAGAGCCUUAUGGAAGCUCCGGAGCCCAGUGAAGCCACAUCAGACUACGGAUCAGUUGGUGGCGAGCUGUCCACAUAUUCAUCUAGCGACUCUGAGGAGGAAAUUGAUGUGGUGACUGUGGUCCGCUGUUCCUCAAGUUCCUCCCCUGAGCCUACAUUGGCUGAACGUCAGCAGAAGCAAGAAGAGGAACAACGUGCUCGGCAGCGAUACCGCUUUGAAAUCCAGCUACAGCACAACUACGCUGCUCCCUGCCCUGCAUCACCGCCGCCAUCAAACAAGCGUGCACGAGGGAGCGAUGGCCCGUCACGCUUCCACUGCCUUUCACGCAGUUCUUCAUCAACCUCAUCGCGUCACUCAUCCCGAAACUCAACAGAGACGGAGGAUGAGGAGGAGCGGAGAAAGACUCACAAUGUGAUGGAGAGGCAACGCCGAAACGAGCUAAAGAACUGUUUCAUGCGCUUGCGUGACAACGUGCCUGAGUUGUCGCACAAUGACAAGGCAUCUAAGGUGGUGAUCUUGAAGAAAGCCAGAGACUGUAUUUAUAGUUUAGAGGAUGAGUCCCACAGACUGCAAACCAGGAAAGACAAACUUAAAGCCAAACAGGAAAAGCUGAAAGCCAGACUAGAGCAGCUCCGUAGGUAACGGACCAGGAUUGGACAUUUGUAGGUUUUCAGAGACUUCUUGGGGGGGGGCGGGGUAAGGGAAGAGACUUUGUAGAUAGAUGGGAGUAAGAAAUGGCUUUUCCUGCUGGAAAGCGCACAUACAGUUGUUUCUGUCAUGUAGACUGUAUAUUCACAUGCACACAGUUUCCCUGGACAUGAUAUAACAAACAUUGCCUCAUAAUUAAUCAUUGUCAUGCCUUGACUGUAGAGUGUAGUGCAUUUCUUUCUUUUCUUUUUUUUUUUUUUUUUUUUUUUUUUUUUUUGGUCCCCCUGCCACCUCAAUACACAAGACAAAGACAACAUCCUGUCAUUUCUUUUGCGUCAUCUGUGGGAGUAUGUCAAAUGUCAAUGAUUUAAAGCAAAGUCUCAAUUAGACCAAUUAACUGGAAGCCACUGCAGUACAGUGUUGUAGUUUAAUGAAACUUGAAUAUUAUUUUCAGGAUCUUUUAUAGCCAUAUUGACUAUGAUCCCUCCAUUCUCACAGGUCUUUGGUGGCUUUAGAGUUAAUUGUGCUUUGUUAACUUUGACUUAAUGUCAUUACAAAGUUGUGCCUUCAGCCUUGUAUGGCUUUUAUGUUUGGGCUAAACACAACUAUUACAGAAUGAUGUAUGUUAAUCCCAACGCUGUACACAGCAAUGCUUGGCCACAGUUCAGCUCAACACUAGUUCACUCACUGAGUCAUGUGUUAUCUGUUAAGCUCAAAGGUGAGCCAUAUUAAGUGGACUUCAGGUUUGUUUUUUGUUAAGACUGAACUGCAAGCUUUGCAAAGCAGCCAAAGUUUGGGCAAAAUCUCUAACAUUUAUAUUUUGCGUGUGUGUGUGUGUGUGUGUGUGUGUGUGUGUGUGUGUGUGUGUGUGUGUGUGUGUGUGGGGUUUUUUUUUUUGUUUUUUUUUUUUUAAUAAACAAAAACAAAAAGAGGACAGACUCAAAGUUUUAAAUAGUCGGAGGAGGCUGCAACAACCGCAAUCAUAGUCACUUGAUUCAGUCAUUUUUCUUUUGUGUCAGUUCAGGUGAGUAAGUGUCAUUUUGAUUGGUCAGUUGGUGGCCCUUGUACUUGGAUCAAAUUGUAAAAAAUGAACAGUGUUUAAAAGAAACAAAAAUCACACUACUUAUGAUUUGAAAUAAAUAUUUUAUGUAAAGACUUAUCAAUCAACAAGGGCCACUCACUAAUAAACAUUCCCUGUUUUGAAAGGUUGGAUUCACAGGCUGUUCUAUACUCUCGCUGUAACACACAAAAAUAGUUUAAGACAUGAACAUGUCCAGCAGAAUCCUCGACUGUCAGGUGAUUUAUUUGCUGAUGUUGCUAUUAAGGUUAAUAAUGAAAUGUGCAGAUGGCCUAAUUAGGUUUUGAAGUAAGUUCUUCCUAAAUCAGUAAGUAUUUGACACGUUGAUAGCCAGAAGCAGUUUUGCCUUGAGAUGCAUGCUGUUCAGGACACUGUCUCCUUUGUUUUCAAACUAGUUCUUUCAGGGAAGCUUAAUUGUAUUUCUGCAAAUAUUUAACUGUUCAUUUCAUAGAAAUUAGUCAUAUAACUGCCUUGUAAACAAAGUGAGCAGGGAUGACUCAAUUUUCUUUAGGAAACCUACCUCCACCUGGCUGCAAUCGGGCCUAUGAUGUUUUUGUUUGCCUUUUGUUCUGUUGUACAUAUUGUACAGUUUUUGUUCAAGUGUACAUUUAAUAUUGUAAUAUAACUUAUUUUAGUCUUAUUCAUUCUUUGUUGUGAAUGCACUUUUUUUUUUUUUUUUUUUU